UGUAAAAGGAAAGGAGAUUAAACGGUGUGUGUACACUGUGUAAGAGAGAACGCGAACCAGAAAAAUAGGCAGAAAGUCAUGGACACAGCAAGCAGAAGACACAACAUUAAAAACAGCAGCACUAUGGACUUUGGAUUUUUCACAGAUGAAAAGUUGUUUGACUUUUUCUGCCAAAGCAAGACAAAGAUGUCUACAAUAGAAGAGCCAUUGAUGUUUCUCCGACAUCUCAAGGACAAUAGACUCAUUACAGAUGAGCUUUAUCAAAAGCUUGAGAACACUGGUGACGAUAAUGGUGUGUAUUGUGCAUUGGAUUAUAUUGAAAAACGUCGAAAGAAGAAUGUUAGAAAGUACUGGGAAUGUGUGGCCCAGGAGCAUAUAUUACAGCGUUACUCUCAACUCUCUGACAUCACUGCAGCUCUGAUGAACUCUCUGAAGAGUCAGCCAAAGAAAAAAAUAAGAGAAAGAGUUGAGGAUCGAGGCACAGGAAAAGAAAGAGAGGUUAAAAAGAGAAGGACAGAGAGCAACUCUGUGAGUGACCAAGCUGGACCAUCAUCACAAAGCAUUAGCAGCCAGAGGACGACAGAUACACACGUGGAGAGAGAUUUUCAGAGCUCUUCAGACUCCAGCACAGAAGCAGAGGAUCUCUGGAACAUGGAUAAACACAAGACAAUGCUUCCUGUCACAUGUGGGAAUAAAAAGGCCUUAUUGGACAGAAAAGCAUUGUAUAAAAGAAAGAGGGACUGCAUUAAAUGUGGCAGAGAAAUGAUCUCCCCUUAUAUGUUUGAGGAAAUGGGUGGAAAAGAAUCAUGCAAGUCCUGGAAAACAAGUAUAUUAUGCCAAGGCACAACCCUCAAGAGUCUCAUUGAGAUGAAUAUUUUGAAGAUACCCAAACUUAAUGGAAAAUUUACCCUUCGAAAAUGAUGUGCCGUGUAUCACAUUAUUUAGCAUUUUCGAUCAGUCAAUAUACUGAGCUUACGAAUCCACUAAUUUUGUUCCACUUUUAAUAAAGUCAGUCAAUGAA